CUCUGCAUUGUGGUAAACGUUGCGUCUAUAUAUUCAUUGGAUUUGAGGAUUGAUUUUAGGAUUUUGAUUUUAAUAUCACUUUUUCUAUUGUGAUCCAUGCUUCCGAUUGGUAAAUAAGUAUUUGAUCUAUUAUCAGUCCAUAUUAAUUGUGAAAUUAUGUCCUAUUAUACGCGCAAGGAGCUUGAUGAAUUGCAUGCUGAUAUUGUAUCACUCGCCGCGAAGGCGAGUAGUGCAUCAAACGCCGAUGACCAACGCAGUAUUGUUUCUUCGAUAGAGCACUGCCUUCAUAAUGGUUAUGAUCGUCGUCGUAUUUGUGAGAAAUUGGAAAAGUAUAUGGAACCUAAGUAUAGUUCCCGAUUUAUGGAUAGACUUCAGGAGCGUUUGGAUGAAUACAAACGCAAGAACCGCAAACGUGCCGGUGAUGGCAAUGACAUGAAAUCUGAGCCGACAUCGGAAGCUCCGAAAAAGUCCCGAUUUGAUAUGGUAACGACAAGUUCAAAUGGUAGUAAGGUUGCUUUGCCUCCGCCAACAAAUAUUUUGAUAACUGCACCACCGGUUUUGUCAACUAUGGUCCCACCAGCAAGCGCAACUGCUACUUCGUCGUUAAAUAGCAACCAGAUUAAGCUUAUGAUGGUCAAUGCCCAACGUGAGAUUGAGGAAAGGAAGAAGGCUCUGAGCCAAAUGAAAGGAAAAGAUCCUUUGUUGGCUUCCCUACAACAUCCCCCCACUGCUCCCUUGAUCAAUCAAAGUCUAGCAAAGGUAACAAGUGACACAGAUGAGAAGGCUAAGAAAAUAGCGGAAUUGCAGGCACAAAUACGUGCUAAGCUUUCAGGUUCCUUGGGAUCUUUAAUAACGCCAAUUGUUCCAGCUGCAACAACAGAGCGUCCGAAACCUUUGAUUUUGGAUGAAGAAGGCAGGACCAUAGAUAAAAGCGGCCGGGCCAUCAAUAUUCCAACGGUAACACCUACGCUUAAGGCCAACAUUAGGGCCAAGAAAAGGGAAGUUUUCAAUAAGACACAACAACACUUUGAGAAAACGUCCCAAGAAGAUACUCUGAAAUUUUUUGAUGAUCGGAUAAAUUUAAAACCUGGAAGCCGCAACAAAAGAGCUUUGAGAUUUCAUGAACCGGGAAAAUUUCAACAGAUGGCUGAACGCAUGCGAAUGAAGGCUCAAUUAGAACGUUUGCAGAAUGAAAUAUCUCAAAUUGCCAGAAAGACUGGGAUAAGUUCUGCCACAAAGUUGGCUCUUAUAGCCCCUAAACAAGACACUCCAGACGAUGUGCCAUCAAUGGAGUGGUGGGACUCCGUUAUUCUUACUAAUGACCUCAAUACAUUAGGUGAGGAAGGAAACAUAAAAAUACGGCAAUCAGCUAUUACGAAUCUUAUCGAACAUCCUACGCAAAUGAAACCGCCAAACGAGCCUUUAAAACCGGUUUAUCUGCCUGUGUUCCUAACCAAAAAGGAGCGCAAGAAGCUAAGAAGGCAAAAUAGGAGAGAAGCAUGGAAAGAAGAGCAGGAAAAAAUACGAUUAGGACUCACACAAGCGCCUGAACCAAAACUACGCAUUUCCAAUCUUAUGAGGGUUUUGGGAACUGAAGCCGUUCAAGAUCCAACUAAAAUAGAAGCUCAUGUUCGAGAACAAAUGGCGAAACGCCAAAAAGCCCACGAAGAUGCAAAUAAUGCUCGAAAACUAACGGCCGAGCAAAAAAGCGAAAAGAAGAUACGUAAAAUCAAGGAAGACACUUCGUGCGGCGUACACAUUAGUGUCUAUCGUAUUAGAGAUUUACAAGAUAAUGCCAGUAAGAAGUUUAAGGUUGAGACAAAUGCCAAACAAUUGCAUAUGACCGGUACGGUUGUCUUAUUUCGUGAUUGCUGUGUUGUAGUAGUGGAAGGGGGCCCGAAGCAGCAAAAGAAAUACCGCAGACUAAUGUUAAAUCGCAUUAAAUGGGAGGAAGAUUUGGUAAAGGGCCCAGAUGGACAAGAAGUACCGAACUCAUGUGUGCUGGUAUGGGAGGGUACUAGUCAACGCCGACAUUUCGGUGAAAUUAAAUUCAAGGUGUUUCCUAUGGAAAAAAUGGCUAGAGAAUUCUUUCAAAAACACCAGGUCGAACACUACUGGGAUCUAAGUUAUUCUGGAGCUGUGCUUGAAGCUUCGACUGAUGAGUAAUCAAAAUUUGUUAUAUGAAAAAUUGUUACAAAACAACUCUCCCAAUUUAGGUUUUAAUUCAGGGCGAAAAUCUUUAUACCGUACAAAGUAAAACAAAAAAAAAAUUGUA